UUGACGUGAGGCGGCGCUUUGACGGUCAGGGUUCCCACAAGUUCUCAAAUCUCAACUAUCACAACAGGUCCUUACUAGUCUCUGUCUCAUCAUGGACUCGGACACGUUAUACAUCCUGGGUGGACUAACGGUCGUGGCUCUAGUAGCUUUAGGAUUUACCUUCAUCGAUAAGUCCCCGCCACCGCAGCCACCAUCAUUGGGUGUAUGUUCACCAUCAGAUUCACCCUACGUGCCUAUUAUCCGAUCGCAGCAAGGGACAUACCACCAACCACCGCAUCGCCAGCUCCCGCCACCGCCGCGUCCAGCAAUCCGAUAUCCUCAGACCCCUUCAAGAUAUUCUACACUUCAAGCGGCUUCGAGUUCGCAGCCUUCGCCGUAUCAGCCUGAUCGCUUGCCGAGCGCACAAUACCCCCCACUAGCCACCACUCCCCUUUUAUCUCGUGAUGCUUCGGUGCCAAAGCCCGUCUGUUAUACCCCUCAGCAGUCAAGCCGUCCUGCUACAAGAGCGCCUGUAGUGCCUAUAGCGAUUGGCCCCCGUGAACGUCCUGCUGCAAGAGCGCCACAGGUACAUGUAGGGCCCGUAGUGAUUGACCCCCGUGAACGUCCUGUUGCAAGAGCACCAGCGCCGGGGAUACCUGUAGCGAGUGUGGUAAUUGACCCUUAUGAAGACCCCAAGUCUCUUCGUCUCAAGGCCAUACAGGAGGGAGAUCAGAUGGGGAAAUGCUUCAAGGAGAGGAAUGAAGCGAAAGCUAGGAAUGAACAACAGCGCACUAAAGAGCUUAACGAGAGGGGUGAGGCACACAGGGUAAACAUGGUGCUCCUCAACAAGGAAGCCAGCGCGAAGAUAUUCCAAGAGAAUAACCAAAACCGCAGAAAUGAAGUGGAUCUCCACGGACUCUACGUCUCAGAGGCUCGGUCCUAUUUCGACAUCGCUGUUCAAAAAGCUUUUGACCGUAAAGAAUCGUCACUUCGUGUGAUCGUAGGAAAGGGAAAUCACUCCGAUAACAACACCCCAAAAAUCAAACCUGCAAUCCAGGCUCAUGGGGAAAGUUUGGGAUUGUUGAUUGAAGUGGACCCUCGCAAUGAUGGCUGCCUUAUUGUGAGUUUUAAGUGAACCCACUGAACGCCAAUUUUCUUGCGAUCUCCUUGCAACUCGUGUAAAAUACUUGUUCUGUGCUGAUGAAAAUGCCCUCGAGCUCCGCUUUACAUACCAAAAAGUAUGUACGAUAUAGCUGUACUUAUUCAAGUAUUCAAUCUCAAUUGAUGUCACGUAGUGUAGUUCAAGUUCACUACUAAUUUACUGGUGUAAGCAUAUGCAUAGUACAUACUCUGGCACAA